GCGCGCGAUGGCGGCGAGGGAGCAGCUGCAGGUGGAGGCGCAAGAGCAGCCGCAGCACGUGGAUGCCGGCGCCGGCGAGUGCUCGCGCCCGCGCCCGCUCUUCAUCGUCGCCGCCAGCUUCCUCUGCAACGGCAUCAUCUUCGGGGUCAUCAACUCCUACAGUGUCUUCUACGUGCAGCUGCUCGCCAAGCUGGAGCGCAACGGCGUCUCCGAGGCGUCUUCCAAGGCCUCCCUCGUUGGUGCCCUGGCCAUGGGAACAACUUUCAUCCUCUCUCCUGUUGCGGGCGUCCUCACCGACCGCUUUGGAAUCCGCCUGACAACGUUCGUUGGCGGCGCGCUGGCCUCGGGUGGAAUGUUCCUCUCCUCUUUGGUGGAACCAAUAGAACUUCUCUGUUUCACAUAUGGAAUCAUGUUUGGAACAGGAGCCUCCCUGGUCUACACUCCUUCCCUUGUAAUUCUGGGCCAUUACUUCAAGAAAUACAUGGGCAUUGUGAAUGGAUUUGUAACUGCUGGGAGCUCUGUAUUCACUAUAGUGAUGCCUUUUGUUAUCGAAGGCCUGCUGACUGCUGUGUCAAUGGAGUCAUGUAUGCAGUUUCUUGCUGGUCUAAUGGCGCUCAUGAUGCUAUGCGCAGUGCUGUUUAAGCCAGUCAAACCAGCCAGUGACGCGUCUAACGACGUAAAAACUGGUUUCAAAUCACUGCUGAAUGUGGACAUAUGGAAGAAAAAGAAGUAUGUUAUUUGGGCAAUUGCUGUUCCUUCAGCGCUUUUUGGGUACUUUGUUCCCUACAUACACAUGCUGAAAUUUGUGCAAGACUCUUUCCCUCAAGAAGAUGGAAAGCUCUUGAUAAUGUGUCUUGGAGCUACUUCUGGAUUAGGCAGAUUAAUUUUUGGAAAGAUUGCAGACAUUCCAAAAGUCAAUCGAAUAUUUCUACAACAAAUAUCGUUUGUAGCAAUUGGCUGCCUUACCAUGCUACUGCCAAUAGUAAACAAGUUUGGCAUUCUCGUGGUAAUAGCGUUGUGCAUGGGACUGUUCGACGGGUGUUUCAUCAGUCUUCUUGGUCCAAUAGCUUUUGAAAUAUGUGGUCACAAAGGAGCUCCACAAGCAAUUGGCUUCUUACUUGGAAUGUGUUCAGUGCCAUUAACAGUGGGGCCACCAGUCGCAGGUAUUAUAUACGACCACACCAAAUCGUACACAAUACCUUUCCUGCUGGCUGGAGUGCCCCCAAUUGUCGGAGGAAUCGCACUGUACUUGGUACAGUGCGUUACAGACGACGAUGAUGAAGACAGAGCUAUGAGUGAAGCCAAGUCUCUACAAGUAAUGGACACUCCUGCUGCAGUCGAAGACAAUAAGCUGGGAGUUAUAACUAACUGUAAUUCACCGAGCCAUCCAUUAACACUCGAAAAUGGAACAGUUGACAAACAUAUAAGUACUGGAAAUGACUGUGAUGAUGAUGACGUACUUGGGGAACUACCACACAUAACCGAGGCAGAAUCUCUUCUUGAGGAAGUGAACAGAGCAAUGAAUGGAAAAGUUGGAGUUUGACAGUGUUCUAUGUAAUGAAAUGUAAUUUUGUCUCGAAAGACUAAAAAUAAUCUACAGGGACUGAUGUACAAUUUUUACAGUGGUUUCCAACAUACAUUUUACAAUAAAAGAAAUACUGACUACAAAUACAAUUUGUAACUCUGUGAAACACACUUCAUUCUUUUUCUUGUUCUCGAUGUGAUAAUGCUAAACAUGACAUGUUUAUGAAUUUCUUUUUAUAUUUGCUUCUAAUAUGUCUUUUCAUGGGAAGAAGUAGUGUUUAGUGGUCAUCUUAUUUCAAUUCCAGUAGCAGCAUUUACUGAGUGAAAAUAUCGAGCGUGAAAUCACUAGUGUCUUACUUAUUGCACAUGCAUUUGUACUUACAUGGUUAUGUCAACAAUUUUAAGCAUUAUUGCCACAAGCAUUUCCAAAAUUCGCUGUUUUUUAUAUUCAGUUCAUGAUUAAGAUCUGUAAAAUAUUUAUUUGUAAUCAUUACAAAUAUUUAUAUUUUCUACUACAGCUUUAAUUCCAAGAAGUGCAAUUUUAUUCGAUAGUGAAGUUAGGUGAUACACCAUUCUUUUUUCAAUAUUUAAUUUCCAUGUAAUGGACUUUAUAUAUUUCCAUUUUGUUUUUCCGGAGUUAAUUGUUAUUUUUUCCUAUAUGAUUCCGCUCCUUCAUAAAUAUGCAUGAGUCCUUUUUUGCAACACUAGUCUAAGACCACAGGAUAUAUGAGACCGUAGUACUGAUUUCCAAUUUUUUAUUGCUGUUAUUUAGCUGGAGAACUCUAUACGUAUAAAAUGCUAAAUGUUCCUAAUAUAACAGUGAUCUCCAAGUUUGUGUUCUCCAUAUAACAGUUAAAUUUCAAAUGUUUUUGUUUUACUGGAGAAAUUACAAAAAUUUUGUUAAAGCAGUUCUCUAUUUCGAAGUAAUUCUGUGUGUGAUAGAUACAUAGUCAUGAAAGUUUUUUUAUGCCACUGUUUAAUACAAGGGUGAGUGACACUACCAGCUCGCUACAGGAAGUUGUAACCUUAAACAAUUUACAUAUCUUUAACAUAUCUUUCAAUUCAAUCAGUGGUAUCAAUAUCAUGACAAAUGUAAGUAAUGUACCAUUUUCAAAACAGUUUUAAGUAUUUUUACCAAAAUUUUAUUAACUCUUAUGCCACUCCUUUGUUAAGGGUUACCCAUAUGACCUUUACCUCCUCUAAGAAAAUCCUGUAUGUCUUAAUAAUUUAUGAAACUGCUCUAGCUACUUUACUGGGAAAUUUAUUAAUGGCUCUUUUCCUUUAUUUGAUUAAAAAUUACUGAAUUUGGUUUUUGUUGAGCCAUAAUGCAUUAAAUGUGUAUCAUCCAUCUGUACUUUACUGGGGAAUUUAUUAAUGGCUCUUUUCCUUUAUUUGAUCAAAAAUUUCUGAAUUUGGUUUUUGUUGAGCCAUAAUGUAUGAAAUAUGUAUCAUCUAUCUGUACUUAAGUGUUUAAAAUAUCCUGUAGAGCAGCAACCAUAUAUCUGCAAGUUUUUUUGUUUUUUGACUAUUAUGCAAAAAACAAUUUAAAACUAUUUUAAGAAGGAAUGAAGUGUAAAUUGCUUUAGUAACUCAAUUUAACAAAGGUCUCAUGCAUUACAAAUAUGCUUAAUAUAUCUUAAAAGUGCAUUUUGUUUACAAAAGAAAAUUUUGAAACUUCAACAAUAAAUUUCCUACGUUUACUGUCAGUACCAUCAUUACUCAACUCAUAGAGGUCCUGGUAUGUAUCAACAAAUCUUACAAAAGGGAAUGCCAGCUGUGGGUAACAAGUAUACCUAAAUAUGAACAUAACUGUAAGAAAUACCUGGCACAAUUAUAUCGAUAAACCUAUUCGAUUUUAUUCCAUAUUAAGACAAUAGUUGUUUGCUCAGCAGAAGUGUUAUUAUUUUCAGGAAUUAUUAUCCUGACGAGACACAAUUCCUAAUAGAAAUAAUGAAGAAAUUUAGAAGAUGUACUUUUUUUGAACCACAAGUUUCUGUUUUAGAGACAAAAUAUGAAUAUUUUCACACAAAUAAAAGAAUAAUAGCAGGUUACUCAGGACCUAGAUUAAGAGCAUGGAUAGAGGAAAGUUUGUGAAGAUUACCUAGUAAUACUCCUUGAAUGGAUUACACGUAGUGGACCAGUGCCACAGCUUAAAUGGCCUUCCCACAGAGCAUAAGUGUCUUUAAUUUUCUGGAACAUGAAAAGGUUGUCAUACAUAAUGUAUCAUCUCAUCACAUUUCUGCACCUAGCACCAGCCCUCCCUUUCAGUUUACUGUAAAUGGUUAGUGUCUGAUCCUUUUUCCCCAUUUCUUAUCCUUAAUCAAGCUCUAUUCUUCCUUUGUGACAGUUUUGCUUGCACAGCAUACCACAUACGUCAUCCUCAGACUCUCUGUCUCAUAUACCCUCUCUCUUUCUUUUUUUAUGUCAUCUCAACUUCUUUAGCCUCUGCUUCCAACACAGUUACCCCAACAUCUAUAUACACCACCAUCAUUGUAUCCCUUUGCUUCUGUCGUUUUAUUCCAUCUUCUGUCAUCUGUAAUGUGGCACUAGCUCAGUAAUACUCCCUUAUAAUGUUACACAGCAAAACCUCAUAGAUGCCAUUCCUCCACUGUCCUUUAUCCAUGCACCUACAUGAUGUUUGUCAUUUUUUAUCCCUCAGCUCCUCUUCUCAAGCUGUUGUGAAGAAACUUGUGGUUAGAAUAUUAUUAAGUAUAAAAAUUUACUGAGAAAGUUUUGACUGGCUUAUAUUUUUUAUUUGAUUAAAAAUUUCUGUAAUAGAUUUUUAUUGCUCCAUAAUAUUUAUUUAAAGUAUGUUAUUUCAUGUUUCGACAUCUUCCUAGAAAGCAGUCUGAUGUAACACUGUGAUUUAUCAAAUUAGUGUGACUGAUUUUAUACUGUUGAUGUUUUUGAGGCAUUUUUCUUUGCAAUUAAGGAUGCUAUAUGUGAUGAUUAAUAUCAUAAGAUAAAAACAUUAUUUUUACUAUUCUAUAAUGAUAUAGAAAUUUUAAAGCAGUUUUUUGUCAUUCUGAUGAAGCAUCUCAGUUCCGCCAUUAUUUAGCAAUGUGGGGGGGCAUCAUUUCAUACUUGAUUAUCUUCUGUAAGAUCAGUGAAGCAAAUGAGUCUCUGCAAGGAACUGUCUUUAAGUUACCACAAAAAUAUGCCAAAACAGCUGUGCACAAAGAUUUUACUUCAUAAAUAUGGUAAGGGAAGUUCUGACACAAUGUAAAUUCAGAAUUUAAAUUCACCAAAUAGCAGAAGUAUUGAGUCGUUGACAGGCAUAAUCAAAAGAGAAUGAAAACUUGCUAACAAUUUUAAUAAACUUUUUUGGAACAGCGAUCAAAAAUUUUUUUGAAAACUUGCUAGCUUUCAAAAGAAAUACUAUGACAAGUUAGGGUACAAAAAGCCACUCGCUCACACACACACACACACACACACACACACACACACACACACACACACACCCCUGUGCGCCUGCACAUUGUACCAGCUAAACACACAAUGCUGAAGCUGCAGUUUACAAAUGGACAAGAUGGGAGAGGUGUAGGGCGUGAAACAGGCAGGAAGCAAGAAGUGAGGUUGUAGAAGAGUAGCUAGUUGCUCAGAGAGAGGCAAAUGGUGUGCUGGAAAGGAAUGUGGAGGGAUAAGUGUCAGGUGUGUGGACUAUGCAUGUGACACACAGGCACUGGAGUAAUUGAUUUGCAAUGAACAAUGAAGAUGAUGUGAAUGUGUAGGUUGCGAAGGGGUAACAAGACAGAAGAAAUAAAAGCUGUCGGGUAGAGAGUGUGGGGCCACUGAGUAAGCAAAGAUUCAGGCCAGAGAGUUGUGGACACGAAAGAUGUUUUGCAGGACAACUAUCACCUACAUAGUUCAGCAAAGCUGGUGCUGGAGUGAAGGAUCCAAAUGGCAUAGUUUAUGAAGCAGCCACUGAGCUCGAAUUCAGUAUAUGCUUCAUAGCUCAUGUCAUCAGGAUCCUUCUCUCCAGCAACAACAUUUCUAAACUAUGUAGAGUAGAGUUAUCAUUAUGAAACAUCCUUCUCUCUCAUAACCCACAUGAUCUCAGUCUCUGGUAACCCAUUGUCCCCACACCCUGUAGCUAACAGUUAUCUCUUCCUCUGUUCUCUCAUCCAUUCCCAGUCCUUUGUUUCGUUUUCAAUGUGUACUGCAGUUCAUUGGCUCCAGUACUCAUGUAUCAUAUCCCAAGUCUGUGCAUCCAUCCCUCUCUCCUGCAUUCAUAGCUGGCACACCUUCUGCCUCCCUCCAAGCUGCUAACUACCCACCCUUAACCUCUUAGCCUGGUUUUUGCCUCUUUCUCCCUCUACCUACCCCAGGUGACAUAUUGCCCAUCCCACACUAGUCCACCUGCCAAUUUGCAAUCCUCGCAUUGUGCAUCUAGCAUUCUGCCAAAUGAUUUCUUCCAAAAACUAGGAAGUUCUCAUUGUCUUUUGUGUGUGACUAUCACUGACUCAACAAUUCUCUUAUUUGGUCAGUGUUUUCCUUUACGUGUAAAAGAUUUUAUUUUUCUUUACUUCACAUAUUUACCAAUAAUUUAAUGCAUGCAAGAUAUGUUCAUAUGCAAAGUUACCAGUUGGUUGUUUUUGCAUUGAAUGUAUCUCCACAGAGAGGCUGCUGUUUUAGUUUCCCUUAGUUUUUGAACUAUUCUGUAUUUCAAAAAGAAAGGCUGUUUCUGUCCUACCAACUUGAGCACUAGCAUUAAUUUUGUGAAAAGUAUUUUACAUAUCAUUAGAAACAUUUGGGGUAUCAAAUAAACAUAACACAUGGGAAGCUAUAAGUAUAUUCGUAGUCUCAUAUUAUGCCAUAUCUAUUACUGAUGUAGCUUCCUGUGUAUUCCUUCAUUUUGGUUUUGAUAACUUGAGGGUAUACAGUUUUCCAGUACAGAAGGAACAAGAUUACAGUUUAGGAAUAAAAAUUUACCUUGUAACAAGGACUGAUAAAGAUAAGGAACAUUUCAUUUAUGACUAUAAUUAAACUUCUAGAAUUGAUGAGCUUUCCAUUUUACCUGUUAAUUAAACAAGGCUUACAUGUUCCAACGUUACAUGAAUUUCAUCACUGUUUAAUUAGAGGAUGAUUGUGUAUGAAUAGUAGAUGGACUGGACUCAGCACUUGGAUGUUUAGCCACACCAUUAUGUUAUUCUGUACAUGUGGUUAAUAAUAGUUUAUAUUUUCUUAUUAAUGCGUCAAAGUGUAUGUCAUACAUAUACUUUCGUAAGCCACAUGAUAUAGACUUAUAAAAGAGCUCAAAACUGGUUAUUACUACAUUGUUGUAUCAGCAUUUAAAUGAAUGAAUGUUACUAUUUAGAGUCAUUGGGCUCUUACAAAAUAUAGCACUUGUUGUUGCCAGAAUGACAUAGUUUUUAAAUACUUCAUUUGAAUUGAGAAAUAUACUCUGUUUUUAGGAUUUAAUGUUGGUAAUUUUGAAUUAAGUUUGCAGCAACAGGGUUUAAGCUAUAACACUUACUUUCCAAGAAACUAAAUUGCAACUUUCUUAUAAAAUUUAACUGAAUGAUAUGAGGAUAACAGUGUAUAUCACUGCUUAUGACAAUAUGCUCAAAUGUUUAUAGACAAAUGUUGUGGAACAACUUUCGCUGUUAAUGUUCCUGUAUUUAAAACAGACACACAGAUGAAAGGAGAUUAAUAAAAAUUUUUCUAUAAA